AGCAUUAAAUCCCAAGUGCAGCGAGACAAUACAAACGAGCUGGUUCAUUAAAAUGGCCCUGAAAAUUGCCUUAUGGCUGCUAGUGGUUUUAGCUUCCUUACAUUCAACAUCUUCGCUUGGCUCGGAUAGGCAUUUAAAGGAAAUUGUCCUCGGUAGAUGCUGGGACUUUCAACGGCAAAAGGUGUAUGCGGUUAACGCUAAGAACUGCUCACAGUUAUGGGAAACAUUUAGCAAAGCAUUUGCCUACAAGGAUCCGUGUGCAACGAAUUUCUCUGAUUACGAACCUUUCUUUGAUGAAGUUGGAAUGGACAUCGUUAAAAUGAAUAAGAGUCUCUUUUGGUCUGGAACUUACAAAGAAGCUCACAUGUACUCGGACUUUGACUUCAGGUUGACCACGUUGGAAGAUACCAUGGCAGGAUGGAUGAUGAAUAACUUGACUUGGUGUGGUUCCCAAAAUAAAUCAUCUGAUGGUAUUAACUACACUUCUUGUCCAAGUUGCGACGACUGGCCAUUUUGGGGCCUUGCUUCAAAAAGAUUUGCAGAGAAAGCCAAUGGAAUCGUUCGUGUCCUGGUCAAUGGAUCGCGAUCAAUAAAUGGAACACCAGCUGCCUACUCAAAGAAGAGCUUCUUUGGACGUUUGGAGCUUCCAAACUUGAACAAAAGCAAGGUCAUCAAGCUGCUAAUUUUAGUGGUCCACAAUAUCGGUGGUCCUGUUUUGGAAGUUUGUGGUAAUGGCUCCAUCAAAGAGAUGGAAAAUGAUGCAAAGAAAAGAGGCAUACAAACGACUUGUCACGACAACCCGGCUGAAAUUCAACAUCUGCUGUGUGCUGAUUUCCCAAAUUCUCGCGAGUGCCAGUUCCUUGCUAGUGGAGCAAGGAACGCAACAAAGUCUGUGAGUUGUGGGUUGCUCACUUACUGAUGCAAAUGCCAGGAUCAUUCAAGGGCAACUUUGGGUCAGUCUGUUGUGAGUCUUAAUCUAUAUUUAACCAACAUCUCUUGACUGCUUACACAAACAUUUGGGGAGGGCGAGAGGAGAGAAGGGAACGCCUGCCAGCACUCAUUAAUAUUUUCAAAAACUCGUUCGCGAACGAACGCUUCUGAUUGGCUUUUCAUGUUUUAGUCUGAUUGACAGACAUCAACUCGCUACAUUACACAACCACUGUGGCACUUUCCAAAUGGCGGAAUCCUUCGAAUAAGACUUUACGAGGGCGUUAAACAUUUCUUUGGAUUUAUUCGAGUCGUUUGCUAGAUUUCGAUUUGAUCUCAAACUUCAACAACUACAAAGUUUGAGGCAACUUGUCUAUACGGGGGCGAUUUACUACCUGUUUUGUCGACUGGAUUUGGUAAAAGCCUUAUUAUUCCAACUGCUCGUAACCGUGAGGAAGGAGAUGUUAAAGAAAAACUGUACUGUAAUCGUUGUUUGUCCUUUGAAAAGUAUUAUAGAGGACCAAGUAUAUAUCCGAAGGGAAUUCUUUGGGCCUCAAAGCAGGAGCAUUAAGCCAAAUUACAAUGGGAGAAGCACAGCUCUCGCAGUUCAAAUUGCUGAUUGGGUCGGCUGAAGGGGUUCUACAGAAACCAUUCCUAAAUGUUAUGAAGAAAAGCCAAUCCAAGAUUCGUGAAAGCGUUGUUGCGAUUGUUGUCGACGAGUCACGCACUCUGUAAAUUCAUCAGCGACUUUCUUUCGGAUUAAAUGUUCAAGUCUUCUUGAAUGUCACGAUGAGUCAGUAUAGCUUUAGAGGCCGCGCUCCAAUUCUUCAAGGCUAUAUUUUUCACAAGUGCUUUAGUUUCCUCGUCUCUAGGGAUGCGAACCACUACAUUUCCAUUCGACAUUCGUAGUAAAACUUUUACUUGAAGUCCAUCGCCAGGCAAAUCAUGAACAUUUAGAUGUGGCUGUUUAGAUUUGGCUGUUUUCUCAAAGCUCAAAUUUCGGAAUGCAUAAUUAAUCUGGAGGCGUAUUUUGAAAAUAUCAAUGAG